GAGAAUACUUACUUCCUGGUGUACAAUUCUCUGUUAUCCAAUGGGAAUGGACGCUCACAUUGCCUUUUAAGAGCAGCCGACACAAAUGAAUGCCGUGCUUCCAUGAGCGUCAAAUCCCGCCGCAGAUGGGAAUACAUUGCAAUCAGUGAAAGCUAUUUGCGUCCCUUUAUGAAUCUGAAGGAGCAUAGGAGCGUCCCAACUGCACGCCUCGGGACCCUGACCAAGCGUCGCUCCUGGACGUUUAUGGAAAUGCCUUUAGCAUCGACAUGCUGUGGAAUCCACUUGAGGCCCCUUCGACCCCGGGGUCCUACUACCCAGGGUCCGCUGUUCCUCGAGGAAAGCAGCCCCUCAGGAAGGACGCUCCACAUAACCUGCCCUCACCUAUCUACCCACGGAGGCCGCCAGCAGACCCCACUGACAUCGAGGACUACAUCAAUGAUGGCCUGGAGGCUGCCGACAACGAUCCGAACGUGCCUCCCUACGACACGGCCCUGAUCUAUGACUACGAGGGAGAGGGCUCCCUGGCAGGCAGCCUCAGCUCCAUUGCUUCAGGCAGCUCUGACGGAGACCAGGACUACGACUACCUCAACGACUGGGGACCACGCUUUAAGAAACUGGCCAACAUGUAUGACCCACGUUAACAGGGACAGCCCCUCAAAGAAAGACAUGUGUGCUUCACCACCAGUUAGGGAUCAGGGCUCAGGGUUUUUUUUCUCUGACCCAUUUGGCAAUAUUUUAGUCAAGGACAAGAUUUGAAGUGUGCCAAAGAAAGAUAAGUGCUAUGUAAAGGCGUGGGACUUUAAUCUCUAAGUGCCCUAGUUUAAAGAGGUUCAUUUGGACACUACUGACAAAAUGCCUUGUGGAAAAAUGUUGUACUUAGCUUGGGAGAAGUUAAUGAGACAGAGAACUCAAGAGCUGAUUCGAUCAGCCGAGAGGAAAUGAGCUGUGCUGUAAUACAUGGUUGUCCAUGUCUGGUUUGCCCAUCCUCAGACUUGGAUUUCUCGGUAUUAAUGCAACAAGCCUGAGAAAACAAACCUUUUAUGUAUUUUUUUAUAUAUAAGUGAUCAUUUUAUUUUCAUUUUGUUUUUUUGAUCACAAAUCCUCCAUUCCAGCUAUUAACCUUUUUGGAAAAAACCAUUUACUCAACCAAACAAACUGUACCACAAUAUAUUAUAUAGUAUCAAAUAGUUCGGAGGUGAAGAUUUUGAAUGUUUUUUUUUUUUACUGUAUAUGUUCAUUGAAUUUAGAGUUUCCAGAAUA